AGUAACUCUUAAACUAUCUUCCACCUCUCUUCUUCACCGGAGUCCUCUCUUCUUCACCGGAGUCCUCUCCGUGCGAUCUCUAUUUCCCUCCCUUCACUGCGAAACUUUCGGCGACAUACUCACCGAGACCAUCCAGGCGGCGCGGCACGACGGCGAAAAACAGGCCUGCGCCAGCUCCUAUUUUGCGAGGUUUGCAAGCAUCUUGAUCUCCGAAAUGACCUGCUUAGCAUUCAUCUCCGUUCCUAAAGAUUUUUGAGAAUCGAAAUUCUGCAGGACCUCAAUACAGGCGUUGUUGAUAAUUAGGAUGGGAACUGCGACCAUUAUAUGAUCAAACUGGCUGUAUUGAUGAUCCCAUAGGUACUUAUUGAACUUAUUCUCUCGAACAUUGUCAGCUAAAUGAUCAAGGCUAAGGAUCUGAAUGGUUUCUAAAGACGAAAAGCUGUUUCAGUCAGAUAUAGAAAUUGGGCCAAAACAAUAUUUCGUAUAAGAUAUUUGGGUUCACUGAUUCGUGCGUUGCUAGUUCGAUGACACAGAAAUUGAUCAAGGGAUCAAGAUUACUCGUUUUUCACCGAAAUGUCUGCUUAAUACAUUUCCAAUUGCUUAGUACUCACCGGCCAAACGAAUUUGACCGUGUGAGUCCUCAUAAACAACAUCAAAAGCUCCGUGAGCCCAUUCCUUUCGUCACCGAUGUUAAAGAGGUAAAGGACCCAUGUGAGGCAUUGGCUCUCUUCGAGGAUUACCAUGAAAGGGGAUUCAAACACCACUAUCCUUCCUACUCAUCUCUCAUCUACAAGUUGGCCCGUUCUCGUAGAUUUGAAGCUGUCGAGAUGAUUCUUGAUCAUUUACAAAAUAGGAACAUUCACUGCAAUGAGACCCUUUUUGUCGCUUUGAUUCAACAUUAUGGGAAAGCCCAUUUGGUUGAGAGAGGUAUUGACCUUUUCCAUCGAAUGCCUUCCUUUAAUUGUUUUCGUAGUCGGCAGUCCUUGAACGUAUUGCUUAAUACACUAGUUGACUGUGACCAGUUUUCUAAAGCAAGUGAAAUCUUCCAGCAGGCUUAUGAAAUGGGCUUCCGUCCUAAUUCAGUGACCUAUAAUAUAAUGAUCAAGGGUUGGAUCAAGAAGGGUGAGUGGGAACAAGCGUGUAACCUGUUCAACGAAAUGCUUGAGAAAAGGGUGCGACCUAGUGUAGUGACAUACAAUAGUCUUUUGGGGCUUUUGUGUAGAAAUGGUGAAAUGGACACAGCACUGUGUUUGUUUGAGAACAUGAUUCAGAAAGGACAUCAUCCAAAUGCUGUUACUUAUGCAUUGUUAAUGGAAGGAUGGUGCUUAACUGGUAAAUACAAGGAAGCCAAAAAGUUGAUGUUUGAUAUGGAGUUUCAUGGUUGUAAACCGCGGCCUGUGAAUUAUGGCGUUUUAAUGACACAUCUUGGAAAGACAGGGAACAUCGACGAGGUGGAAUCUUUACUAAAUGAGAUGAAGAAGAGACGUUUGAAGCCUGAUGUUGUGACUUAUAAUAUUCUUGUGAAUUACCUGUGCAAGGAAGGAAGGGUUGGGGAUGCUUAUAAAGUAUUGGUUAAAAUGCAAGUUGGAGGUUGUAAUCCUAAUGCAGCAACUUAUAGGAUGAUGAUCGAUGGGUUUUGUAAUGCAGGGGACUUCGAUGGGGCUAUGAAGGUUUUGAAUUCCAUGUUGAUGAGUGGGCACUGUCCUCGUUUACAAACUUUUGCUUCUUUAAUUGUUGGCCUUUUGAGAGGCGAAAACAGUGAUUAUGUUUGCUUUGUCUUGGAGGAGAUGGAAAAGAGACAGAUGAGGUUUGACGCUGAAACUUGGAGGACUUUGGUUAUGGAUGCUUGUGGCCAGGAUGUUGAAAUUGGCAGCCGGAUAAGCGAGUUGAUCUCCUCCUUACACUGAAUCUGCAAUGAAACAAUGGUAACAUUUAUAAGUCUUUGUAUAUUUUACUGUUAUAUAGUGUUGAAUUCGAUGUUCACAUACCAAUCAUCAGGGUUCUUGAAAUUUUCAUUCAUUUCUUGUUUUAUUUGAAGUGAUAUUAAUGCUGGAAACUGCAUAUUCGGGUUAGGGAUCUUCUUGGUUGUGCUU